AUGGCUGAAGUGGAUGAGUUUGAAGAGAAUGACUCCAAGCCCGACGACCAGGCCGACCCUGUCAGCGAACGGAAGAUGAGGUCAUUGUUGAAGAAACAAAUGGUUGAUGAUGUCAGCGUCGCUGCCUUUGCUCAACUGGGCUCCUCGUUCUUUGCCGCUGCCCGUGCACGGUUGGCUCACUCGUGGGACGAAUCUGGUGCCCCCACGGCGGCAACCAUACGGACAAGGCAUCAGCGCCUAGCACAGGAUGCCAGGCUAGCUGCGGAACGUGGGCAGUGGGACCUGGCCGAGAGGCAGCAGUUGAAUGAGAAGGACCAUGACGAACGAGCACGAGUGGAGACGGAGCGGCUGGCAAGAAUGGAUGCCAAGCGCAAACGCUUGCAGGGCACAGAGGGCACAGAGAGCACAGAGGGCCAAGAAAACAAGCAAUCUGGUAGGGCCCGACUUCGUUUGUCCUUUGCUGGCGAGGUGCUGCGCUGUGCCACUGGCACGGCCAAUGUCUGCCCAGCCAUCCGCACGGCAUACACUGAUGAUCACCGCAAGCAGCAGUUCGCUGUUGGUGGCGAGGCCUUUGAUGCUAUCCUGGUCAAGCUCGAGAUGGCCUUGUCGAAGGCCGGUGGUGCUGACCUGGGAACUGUGCGGCUACAGCGUUGUGAACUUGAUGUCGCGGCGAACUUGGAGGUGGCAUUAUCUAGUUUGACAGUUUGUGCGUGCAUGGACAUUGGAGAUCUCAUGGAAGCCCGAAACAUACUGUGCAACCUCGUGGCGUUCCUGGAGGAGCCCAUUGCGGAAGAGAUCCGGGGAGCAGUCAGAGCCAUAGACAGAUGGUUGGCGUCAUGGUGGGGGGAGGAAAUCGCGGUAGUGGUCGAAGACAGCCAAGACGUACAGUGCACCACACACCCAAGCGGGAGCAGCAGCAGCAGAGCCGCCUGUGACACAGAAAGCAGAGGGGGGCGAACUCGACAACAAGACAAAGAACAGGGAAAAAGCGGCAAGGGCAACGAGAACAAGACCGGCGACGUGCUCCAGGACGAGGACGAAGACGACAUGGUAGAAGUGGAGGUGGAAGAAGAAAAUGACGCAGCCAACAAUGGGGGAAACCCAGAACCCCGAGCGGAAGACGAAGCGCCUGAUUGGGGUGGUGAGGAGACGCUGGGAGAAGGGGAACGACGACGUCGUGACCGUGCGGAACCAGAAUAA